AUGUCUACAUAUACAUUAGGCGGAUGUUGUUCACCUAUACGUUCGCUUAGCUUUUUCGAAAAUCGUUCGGCGUUGUACCGGUCUUUUUCAACAGAUGUCUCCCUCUGUGCAUCUCUAAAUGAAAUGGCUAUGUACGGCCCUUACCAAAAGAAGCGACCCCCAAAUCUUCAAAUGGAUGGCAAGCCAUUUAUGAAGGCUAUUGUGCUAAAGACUCUUAUCCGAAAACCAAAAAAGCCUAACAGUGCAAAUCGCAAAUGUGUUCGUAUUCGCCUUAGUAAUGGUAGAGAAGUGGUUGCUUUUGUUCCUGGUGAGGGACACAAUUUACAAGAACACAAUCUUGUUCUCGUUCGCGGGGGAAGAUGUCAGGAUUUGAUCGGAGUAAAGCACAAAGUGGUUCGUGGGGCAUUUGACUGUGCUAAAGUUCAAAAGAAGCAACGGUCAUCUUACUUAAUCAUUCAAGUGACGGACACUAUUUUUAAGGGAACCAUGGCAUCCGCUAUCAAAACGAUAAAUUCGACACAAUCUUCUCUCUUUCCUACUUCUGAACAAGCUACUACUGAUGAUUCUUCAGAUAUAAUUUUGUUUGGCGCUCAUGAUUCUCCAAAGAUUUGCUCACAUGAACAGGCCAUAUCUCAGGACUCCCACCGCUGGCCCUUCCAGGAUCAGUGCAAUGGGUUAUUGGCUAACAAGCACUCAACUCCCGUUUUUUCUCAGGUUAGACCAGCUGUUUUCUGUUCAAUGUCUACUAAUGAGAGUUAUUCCUCUCUUACAACUGAUGCUUCUACCACAUCGAUCAGCUCUACUAGCAAUAGCUCCGCUUCAUUAUUUCAUAUUGACACACAUUCCUCCGAGUUCGACUCUUCCUGGCGGAAAACGACAUCCCAAUCAUCGGAUGCUCCUACUCAAAUAGCAGAUUCAUACGAUGAGGAACGUAAUAGGAAAGAGCAAAGCUUGAUGGAAAGACACUUUUUUCCUCGCCAUCAAGUCGUACUACAUCCAAGCUCGUCAUGUUCUUCAUGCACUCCUGGCCCCCGAAGUUGCUGCUCCUCGGACACUCUCCCACCCUCUGAUCCCAGUAGUACUCCGGCGCAGUCGAAUUCUACCUCCGAGUCUUCACCUGAUCUGGAUGUGGUUGCUGAUGCUACCAUAGAUAAAAUCAUAAAGCAAAAUCGCAUUCCCUUACCAGUUCCGCCUCGGAAACGAUCCAUAAGUUGGUUUUACAGACUACGCACUGUCUUCGGCAUCUCCUGUCUUUGGCUUUCGGCAUAUCUUGGUGCCAUAUUUCUGCAAGCUCCGGCCCUGCCGCUUCUCUUCUUUGCUCCGCGCGCCUUCCUGCUCUAUAUUGACUGGACUAUGCAUCUGUGGCUAGUGCUGGCUGAGGUGGGUUGCUAA